CAGCGGCCGAGCUCUGUGGCUUCAGGGCUUGGAAGGAGAGAGGGAGGGUGGCGAGGAGAGUGAGUCGGUGCCGCCGCCCGCCUGAGGAGAGAGGAGGGGUCCCGCUCGUCUUGCGCCCUUCGUGGGCCGAGAGCGCGGAGCAGUCGCGAAACUCCCAGGCCUCUCGGCCCCUGGGGACCCCGCCCCGCCGCCCGCCGGCCCGCGGCCUCUCUUCCCUUUGUGAGCGCCCCCUUCCCAGGGGUGCUGGUGGUGGCGGAGGGGUGCGCGUGGGCCCGCCCGCCGAGGGGCCGCGGCGGGGGACCGACUGGGCCUCGGCUGUGAGAACCCGAGGCGGCCGAGGCCCGGGCCGGUUCCCCCGAGGCGGCGGCGGCGGCGGCGGCUCCCGGCACUUCCCCGCGCCAUCUUAACUGAGCCCGAGCGUUAAGGGCGCCUCCUCGACCCCGGUUGUCCCCUCGUCGUCCCCCCCCCCCCGCCCCUUGUCGCAGAGCUUGGGCUGGGCGGCUGGGGGGGGGGGCGGCGGUCUGUCGCCGGGCCCCCUCCUCCUCCCUCCUCGCUCUCCAGCACCGCGGCCACCGGAGCGCUCCAGGGGUCUGCGCCUGCCUACUCCGCCCCAGAUCUGCCGGCGAAGGGUUUAUGUCAGCGUGGCUUCAUUCAUACAGAUGAACCAAGCAUUGGGAUAGCAGUAUAAAAUUAGAAUCAGACAGCUGACUGCUCAGCAGGAUGCCAUCAACUAACAGAGCAGGCAGUCUAAAGGACCCUGAAAUUGCAGAGCUCUUCUUCAAAGAAGAUCCGGAAAAGCUCUUCACAGAUCUAAGAGAAAUUGGCCAUGGGAGCUUUGGAGCAGUAUAUUUUGCUCGAGAUGUGCGUACUAAUGAAGUGGUGGCCAUCAAGAAAAUGUCUUAUAGUGGAAAGCAGUCUACUGAGAAAUGGCAGGAUAUUAUUAAGGAAGUCAAGUUUCUACAAAGAAUAAAACAUCCCAACAGUAUAGAAUAUAAAGGCUGCUAUUUACGGGAACACACCGCAUGGCUUGUAAUGGAAUAUUGUUUGGGAUCUGCUUCAGAUUUGCUAGAAGUUCAUAAAAAGCCACUACAAGAAGUGGAAAUAGCAGCAAUUACACAUGGUGCUCUCCAGGGAUUAGCUUAUUUACAUUCUCAUACCAUGAUCCAUAGAGAUAUCAAAGCAGGAAAUAUCCUUCUCACAGAACCAGGCCAGGUGAAACUUGCUGACUUUGGAUCUGCUUCCAUGGCCUCCCCUGCCAAUUCUUUUGUGGGAACGCCAUAUUGGAUGGCCCCAGAAGUAAUUUUAGCCAUGGAUGAAGGACAAUAUGAUGGUAAAGUUGAUGUAUGGUCUCUUGGAAUAACAUGUAUUGAAUUAGCGGAGAGGAAGCCUCCUUUAUUUAAUAUGAAUGCAAUGAGUGCCUUAUAUCACAUAGCCCAAAAUGAAUCCCCUACACUACAGUCUAAUGAAUGGUCUGAUUAUUUUCGCAACUUUGUAGAUUCUUGCCUCCAGAAAAUCCCUCAAGAUCGCCCUACAUCAGAGGAACUUUUAAAGCACAUGUUUGUUCUUCGAGAGCGCCCGGAAACAGUGUUAAUAGAUCUCAUUCAAAGGACAAAGGAUGCAGUAAGAGAGCUGGACAAUCUGCAGUAUCGAAAGAUGAAGAAACUUCUUUUCCAGGAGGCACAUAAUGGACCAGCGGUAGAAGCACAGGAAGAAGAGGAGGAGCAAGAUCAUGGUGUUGGCCGGACAGGAACAGUGAAUAGUGUUGGAAGUAAUCAGUCUAUUCCCAGUAUGUCUAUCAGUGCCAGCAGCCAAAGCAGCAGUGUUAACAGUCUUCCAGAUGCCUCGGAUGACAAGAGUGAGCUUGACAUGAUGGAGGGAGACCAUACAGUGAUGUCUAAUAGUUCUGUCAUCCACUUAAAACCUGAGGAGGAAAAUUAUAGAGAAGAAGGAGAUCCUAGAACAAGAGCAUCAGAUCCACAGUCUCCACCUCAAGUGUCCCGUCACAAAUCACAUUAUCGUAAUAGAGAACACUUUGCAACCAUACGAACGGCAUCACUGGUUACAAGACAGAUGCAAGAGCACGAACAGGACUCUGAACUUAGAGAACAGAUGUCUGGUUAUAAGAGGAUGAGGCGGCAGCAUCAAAAGCAGCUGAUGACUCUGGAAAAUAAACUAAAGGCAGAGAUGGAUGAACAUCGUCUCAGAUUAGACAAAGACCUUGAAACUCAGCGUAACAAUUUUGCUGCAGAAAUGGAGAAACUUAUCAAGAAACACCAAGCUGCUAUGGAAAAAGAGGCUAAAGUGAUGGCCAAUGAGGAGAAAAAAUUCCAGCAACACAUUCAAGCUCAACAGAAGAAAGAACUGAAUAGCUUUUUGGAGUCCCAAAAAAGAGAAUAUAAACUUCGAAAAGAGCAGCUUAAGGAGGAGCUGAAUGAAAACCAGAGCACACCUAAAAAAGAAAAGCAGGAGUGGCUUUCAAAGCAGAAGGAGAAUAUACAACAUUUCCAGGCAGAAGAAGAAGCUAACCUUCUACGACGUCAAAGGCAGUAUCUGGAGCUAGAAUGUCGCCGCUUCAAGAGAAGAAUGUUACUUGGUCGACAUAACUUGGAACAGGACCUCGUCAGGGAGGAGUUAAACAAAAGGCAGACUCAGAAGGACUUGGAACAUGCUAUGCUGCUACGACAGCAUGAAUCCAUGCAAGAACUGGAGUUUCGCCACCUCAACACUAUUCAAAAGAUGCGCUGUGAGUUGAUCAGACUGCAACAUCAAACUGAGCUCACUAACCAGCUGGAAUAUAAUAAGCGAAGGGAACGGGAACUAAGGCGAAAACAUGUUAUGGAAGUUCGACAACAGCCUAAGAGUUUGAAGUCUAAAGAACUCCAGAUAAAAAAGCAGUUUCAGGAUACAUGCAAAAUUCAAACCAGACAGUACAAAGCAUUAAGAAACCACUUACUGGAGACUACACCAAAGAGUGAGCACAAAGCUGUUCUGAAAAGACUCAAGGAGGAACAGACUCGGAAGUUAGCCAUCUUGGCUGAGCAGUAUGAUCAUAGCAUUAAUGAAAUGCUCUCCACACAAGCUCUGCGUUUGGAUGAAGCACAGGAAGCAGAAUGCCAGGUUUUGAAGAUGCAGCUGCAGCAGGAACUGGAGCUAUUGAAUGCAUAUCAGAGCAAAAUUAAGAUGCAGGCUGAGGCCCAACAUGAUCGAGAGCUUCGAGAGCUGGAACAGAGGGUCUCCCUUCGCAGGGCACUCUUAGAACAAAAGAUUGAAGAAGAGAUGUUGGCUUUGCAGAAUGAACGCACAGAACGAAUACGUAGCCUGCUUGAGCGUCAAGCCAGAGAAAUUGAAGCUUUUGACUCUGAAAGCAUGAGACUAGGUUUUAGUAACAUGGUCCUUUCUAAUCUCUCCCCUGAGGCAUUCAGCCACAGCUACCCAGGAGCUUCUAGUUGGUCUCACAAUCCUACUGGGGGGCCUGGACCUCACUGGGGUCAUCCCAUGGGUGGCACACCACAAGCUUGGGGCCAUCCAAUGCAAGGUGGACCCCAGCCAUGGGGUCAUCCCUCAGGGCCAAUGCAAGGGGUCCCUCGAGGUAGCAGUAUGGGAGUCCGCAAUAGCCCCCAGGCUCUGAGGCGGACAGCUUCUGGGGGACGGACAGAACAGGGCAUGAGCAGAAGCACGAGUGUCACUUCUCAAAUAUCCAAUGGGUCACACAUGUCUUACACAUAAUAAUUGAAAGUGGCAAUUCCGUUGGAGCUGUCUGCCAAAAGAAACUGCCUACAGACAUCAUCACAGCAGCCUCCUCACUUGGGUACUACCAUGUGGAAGCUGAGUGCAAAUGGUAUAUUUUAUUCGUUUUUGUAAAGCGUUAUGUUUUGUGUUUACUAAUUGGGAUCUCAUAGUAUUUGGCUGCCGGGUAUUUGUGGUUGGCUUUUUGUUUCCUUGUUUUUAACUUUUGGAAAAUUUUAAAACUGGGAGUAGAUAAAUAUUUCAUGUGUGUGGCAAAAAAGAAAUUGGCUUAAUAGAAGGGGUUUUAUCAGAACAAUAUAAAAAUAAAAUGAAGCAUACUGCCCUGAAUCAUUGCUUUAGGAUGUCCAUAGCCUAAGAAGUUUAUUGAAAGAUCUAAAGCCUUCCUCCAUAUUUCAAAUUCUGUGAGUCACUGACAGCAGGCAGUGUCUGUGCUGAAACAUGUUCUUACUGAAACACACCUCCACACCUUACCAGUGUGUUUCCUUUCUUUAUGAAAUUGGUCUGACUUAUCAACCUCAUUUGGACUAAAACAGAAAACCAUGAACAUUAAAAGAUUGUAUUUACCUUUUCAGGUGGUAGAAGAUCAUUUAGUUUUUUGCUAAGUGCAUCAAAAGUUUGUCCCUGAUUUUGUAGGUUGUAUUGUUGUUAAGAUGACAUUGCUUAAGGAGAUCGUAAGCUGUGUGGGGAUUGCACUAACAAGCUUGUCAGCAGCUAUCAGAGGAAAAAAAAACAGAGGGUUGGGACCCUGAAAGUUCCUGUGAUGCAUGUGUUCAGCAUGGAAUGAGGAGAUAAAGCCUAUCAUGAUAUUUUGUUUCCUUUUUUUUUUUUUUUUUUUUUUUUUUUUGAUUUUUCAAGACAGGGUUUCUCCGUAGCUUUUGGUUCCUGUCCUGGAACUAGCUCUUGUAGACCAGGCUGGCCUCGAACUCACAGAGAUCCGCCUGCCUCUGCCUCCCCAGUGCUGGGAUUAAAGGCGUGUGCCACCACCGUCCAGCGAUAUUUUGUUUCUUGAAGAGUGAUAGCUCAUGCUACCCAAACUAUAAGACACCAAAAAGUACCUUUGCUUUGUUUAUACAAAAUCAAAGACAGCCAACACAAAGCAAAUGCCAGAGUUAUUUGAAUGAUGCCAUAUUUGUUUACUGCCAUCUAUUAGAAUACUCAUCACACUACAUAGACAUAAUUUUAUUUAUCUCCCUUUUGGCUUAUGGGAUUUCCUGUUUACAAGUAGCAAUAGUCAAUUAUUUAAAUAUUUAGUUGCCACUAGGAAUCACUGAGCCAAUGACCACCAGCUGCUGACUAAUCUUCACACUGUAGAUGUUGCUUCAUCUGCAAGUUCUCUAUGUUUAAUUGCUGUUUUUGUUGCUGCAGUACCUUACAAACUUUUAGUUCAUUGAGACUUAGUAACCAUCUUUGUUCAUGUUACUUUCCCACAAUAGUAAAGUUCCUUUCAGAAGUCUCUAGCUUAGUGCUAAAAUACUACUGAGGAAGAAACUAGGUAGUUUGAAGAGUGAAAGAAAACAACAAAAAUUAAAAGUAAGUUAUAGUGAUCAGGGACCUCUAACCUGGGAGUGUGUUCUAUGUUUUCUUCAAUGAAGGAUUAACCCAGUGUUCUAAGUCAGUGCUAGUUAGUAUCCUCCAGUUGCUUGUGCAGAGCUUGAGGUGGAGCUAGGCGAGGGGCAGUGCCAUUUUUAGUGACAGACCAGAGUUUCUUACAAGUUAUUGUCCUGCUCCCUCUUCAGUUGUCUUGAAGAGCUCUUGCUGCUAACUCUGGGUCCUACUUUUCCUGUAAUUAGAAGGCAAGAACACACUUAAGCAUACUUAGAACAAACUAGCGACCAAAUUGUCAUCUGCCACUAUUGAAGUUCUUGUUUUUCUUAACAACAGAUUAAAUCUUAUCCAGGUAUGUCAUUCCAGUCUCUAUGACUUGCUCCCUUAAGGAAUUUCUGACUUUGGGUUGAGGGUUUCUGACACUAAUUAGAAGAGAAAUUAGAUGAGGGUGUGGUGGCAUAUACUUACAAUUCCAGCAAUUGGGAGGUAGGAGUCUGGGGUUCAAGGCUGCCUUCAGCUGUCUCACAGAGGGAAGAAAGGAAGAUGCGAUUAUAUAGAUCCUUUGAAAACCAAUAUAAGGUUGGUGGCAGAGUUCACACACACUCUAGUCAGGGUUUUAAACAUGAUCUACAUCAGUUUUUAGGUAAACAUAGUUAAUGAAAGGGGCUUUUUAAGUUUUUUUUUUCUUCCUGCAUUCAAAAUUCUAUUCAAGAGUUUCAAACAAAUUUGAGAGUUCUAUAUAUUUGAAGGAAAUAAGGGAAAGCUUUAAAUUUAAUAGGAUGUUCAAAACUAUAAAAGAAGACCAUCUUUAUAAGAUGAUCUUAUAAAACCAUUAAACACCAUGCUUCUGCAUCUGGCCCUAUCUACUUCUGGAGGGUUAGAAUGGGAAAGUAAAUCAGAUGUGAAUAGAAAAUUCCUUCAGACUCCAAACUAUUACUAGAGAUACAUUUUAUAGUCUAGCUGUGAGUUUCACUUGGUCAGAUUUGAGUUGCUGAGUCCAUUUUGAUCAUAAUGUACUCAUACUAGUGUGACUGAGUAAUGACUAUGUGUUGUGUCCAAAAGAGAUUUCUGCCUGAUCCAAUUGUGUGGCACCAGUUUUCCCAUAUAGGUCAUGAUUAUACCAUCAGUUUAGUUAAAAUACAUGUUGUUUGCAAAAUGAUUAGUGUUAAUAGGUUGUGUGUAAGCUAUAAAUAACUUCUGAGUAAUUGUGUACAUGGCAGAAACCGUGACAGUAAAACCUGGUAGCAGGGAAAUUUGAAAGGGUUUAAAAUACCCUGAAAUACUUUCUGGGAAAAAAAAAUGUGGAAAUGUCAAAGUUUGACCAGUUUAACACUACCUCCUCCCCAUUAUCAUAUGUGUGUUUAAGAAAGUGAAGUGUGGAGAACAUGUGCAGCACACCAGAAGUUAUGAUCUACAUCUGGUAUCCAGAGCCUAGUGGGGAAACGUUUCUUGUUCUCCCUUUUUGGGGUCAGCAUUUUAAACAUACAUAGCUUCAUAUCUUAAGACAUUUUAUUCCUAAUUAAAUUCCCCGCCCUUUGCACAUAAGUUUUCCUUUAAACUUAGCUCUAACCCUAAGUUGUGAUGUCAGAAAGUGUUUGCACUGUGUAAACAACGUUAGCUGAAAGCGAGUUUAUUUCAUUAGAGCUCCUAUUUUCUGUAUGUUUCUUUAACCAGAGUUGAACAGUCCUGAACAUGGAAUCACACCCACAGGUGAACACACUCAGUCUCAAGUCAAGGCCUUGCUAGUAAAUGGAACUUUGUAAUAGUUAUUAUGAUUUUUUGACUGCCUGGACAUCAAGUAAACAACAUUCAGAACACUAAAGAAAAUGUCCUAGAGAUUCCAUCCUGCUACUAACAAUUUUUUUGUGUACAUCCUUUUUUUGUUUUUCAGAACUUAAGGCAGAAUUCAGAAAUUUUGUGCUUCUGUAAAUGUCUAGCAUUUUAAGCAUAUAUAGACUACAUUGUUUUGGACACUGGAAUAAUAUGAUUUAUUUUCACCUAUAAAAAUGACUUCAUUGUACUUGAACACCUUUGCAUUUCUCCAUUUGUGCCAUUUACAAGUGGAAAUAAAUUGUAUUAUACCAUGAUCUACUGGCUUUUUAAAACUGUUACAUAUGCACAUUUUUGGUAUAGCUAUUUUCAUUUGUAUGUGUAUAUUGUUAUGUAUAUAUAUAUAUAUAUGAGUGUCUAUGUGUGUAUAGAUGGAUGGAUAAACUCAUUCUAUACAUGUCUGCCAGGGCUCAGUUUUGAGUUUUGUUGUUUUCUUUUUUAUCUUCUGUUAGAGUACUCUGAGCUGAUAUUUAUGAGAAGGUGAUUAAUAGAUUCAGUCGUUUUCUUUUUAAUCCCUUAGCACUUGUAUGAGUGAAGAGAAAGUUAAGUAAAAUGAAACCAUAAAUUUCAGGGUAGUAAAAACAUGAUAGGGAAGGAGCCAGUUGGUGUUUUUUUGAGUUUGUUUUACAAUGCAAUAAAAGAUAAAAGCAGGAGAAAAGUGAACUGUGCAAAGAACACUGGUGGUGAUUUAAAAGCCAGUGAUCCAUUCUUUGUUGAUGCCAUGAUCCUCCACUCUUAAUACUGAUAGUUCUGGAUUUUGCUGAGGAUCAAAACUGCCAAGAAAGAAACUACUACUAAAACAUAUCUAAGGUUCUCCUAAACUGUAAAAUCACAGGAGAUGGUUACUGGGAGAGAAGGCAUGAUACUGGUUUGAAGGGCUGUCUCUUUUUAACUUACUCUUCUUGCCUGCUAAUAGUAAGUUCCUUAUGCACCUUCGACCCCUUCUGAGCCACUACUAUUCAAGCAGAUAUUUGGUCCAACGCAAUAUCCCUUUCCUAGUUUUACUUCUUUUCUUUUGAGACAGGGUCUUGCUUUCUGGUCUGGUAACUGAUGUUUACCCAAGACUGGCCUCAAAUUUCUAGCACUCCUAUCCCAGCCUCCCAAGUAAUGGGAUUACAGGUGUGAACCACCAUGCUCAGCCACAGCAACCCUUUCCUUCGGAGGUUUUAUAGUUCUGCAUUCAACUCAUGUUCAGAAUGUGAAGUGUCCUAAUGUGUAUUAACUUCAGAAAAAUAAUAUAUUUAAGCUGUCCUAAGUGUGAAUCUGCUAUAAUGAGAAAUUCUCACUUCUUACAUAGAGCCUUCUCUAAGGAGCAAAGUCAAAAUGUGGGCUGUCAUCGCUGAGCUGCUUCUCAAAUUACAGAUCAUUAUUGAAGAUAAAUACAUUGUUUUGUUUCCCCCUCUUUAACAGAAGUCUCCCUUCCCUGUUUAGCAUCGCCUUUUAAAAGGCGCUCACCCUUAGUUAAGAACUGGAAAUUCCCACCCUCGGAUUCCUUAAAGGAUGAAGAGUGUGCUGUACACUCAGCAUACGUGCCUCUUGUAUGCAAGGACUACUGAUUGACGUCUGUUUUGCUGUGUCUGGUUAUGUUGUCUGCACUUUUAUGAAAUCACUACAGUAGAUCUACAUUGGAAAUAACUAUUGAUUUGUAAAGAAAUUUUUAUUAAACACUGCAGAAAAAGAAAGUAAAGCGGAGAACUCUUCCUUUUUGUGCAUUUAUAUUUUCUGCUGAACUCUGAUAGCCCAUUUUAAAGUUGUAUUGACUUGUUGAUUUUCCUCUUUGAUUAUAUUCAGACUUCCAAAGUUUUAUUCAAACAAGUGCUGGCCUUCAGAUUAUAAAUGUAUGAAAUAUGCACCGUAUCUGCCUAUUGCAGACUUUUGAAACUUGCACUGCCCAUUCAUGCAAAAAUAAGUAUCUUAAGAAACAGAAAACACAAACUGGGGAGCCAUGUACUGUGUCACCAUAUCUGUUAACAGUUUCCAGCAAUCCAAACUGUGUGUGUGUGUGUGUGUGUGUAUGUGUGAUAUUGGUGUGUGAGUGUGAUUUUACUUUGCUUUGCUUUCCUUUUAAAUAUACAAGGGGUUUUUCUUCAGAGGAAAAAGUUAUCCUCUCCAGUUGAUGCCCACUGGAUAUAAUAAUCUUUACAUCUGUAGGUAGUUGGAAAUAUGGAGAGAAGAGAAGGUAAGACUUCUCAAUGAAUGAAAAAGGGUAUCUUGAUGCUCAAGAAUCCCCCCUCCCCUAAAAGUACGGGUAAUUCAACCUGCACAGUUUCCUUUCACUUGUAGUUUAACAAUUAUGAGUGAAAAAUCAUGUAAUUAUCUGUAAAUAUGUAGCUAACAAAUUGACCUAGUUUCUGUAUUUUUUCGGUUUUGUACUAAAGUUUAUAGGUCUGUGCCAGCUAGAGAGGAGUUGCUGUCAUUGCUAGUUGUGGUUCUAGCAUUUAACCCUGAAACCAUCCUAGGUGACAUUUUUAGAAUUAAUGCUUAAAUGUUGUUAAACAGGGAGAAAUGGAGCUUAAUCAUUGGUCAGGUUUGAAAUCUUUUGAAACUAAGUAAUUUUAUUUAAUAUGAUUACAUGUUGUCAGUCAUGAGUGAGGUGUAGGGAGUGUCCCUCCCCCAGUGGCCAUGUUUACAGAGUGUUUGUCUAUAAAGUGCAAGUGUGUUAAUGUUAUGUAAAUUAUACAGGUGAUAACUAUGGUUUGGGACUGUUUAUGGGCUCUUUUAACUGAAUUUUAAAAUGAAAUGAACUAUGCUUAUUGCUGGCACAUCGAUCCCAUUUCUGGAACAUUUUUCCUACGUCCAGAAUUCCGUAUGUUCCUUGACAUUAUCCCCACUUAAUCUUCCUUCCUCUGAUAUGCCUUGUAGCUAAGAUAUUAAAGACUGUUGAACAUAGAUGAGGGAAAUGUGUUUCUUAAAAAAUCCAUGAACCCUCAAUUGUAUGCUUUCAGUAUUGUGUUAUAUGUUUCUAUGGCAACUUUGAAGUCAGUGGUUUAGAAAUGAGAUACCAAUGUUAAUGAAAAAGUAUGUACUCUUUGCUUUUGCAUGGCUUGGCUUAGUAUCCAAGGUAUAUUAGAGCCACUUGAAAGCAUGAAGACCAGUUAUGGAAACAGGUUUCUCUUAGUGGCACAUUUUGCUUUUUCUUAGCCCUCAAAUACAUUGUCUCGGCAUGAACAUUGUUAAUAUAAAUUGCACAUGAUCAUCAAGCGAAUUCUGUAAUUUUGAAAGAUGCAGCUGCCUGAUGUCUGCAGUUUGGUUGGUCUCUAUCCCAAAUAACAGUGUGGGUAUGGGAGCCCUUCUUGCCCCUUUUGGGUCUUAAACAGGUAUAUCAAUUUAUCAAGGUGUUGGCUGCCCCUGGGGUAUUGCCAUGCUGUUGUCUUUGCUGCCCAUUCAUUCCACAUGUGCUGUUGUCCUUCCUUGCAUGUCAUACUCUCAGAGAAACCAUCAUUCUUUCUUCCUAGCAAUUUUAUUUUGCUUUUAUUCCACAUUAAAUGGGAAUUGUGCCUAUUUAGAUUGCCCCUCUAGUUAAAUACACCUGUAACCCAAGCCAGAGACAAGGUGGUGAAACAGUUUUUUCAAGUCCACUUGGCCAGUAAUUUACCUAGCAAACUUACCACAUUAUCUUGACACUUGAUAGAAGAGCCUAUUAGGAGUCACGUGGUUUCAUAGAGUAAAGUUCAAGUGAAGAGGGAUGUGUGGGAAAAUAAUUUUGUUAUUUUACUUUUUAUGACCCUCUGCUAGUUUAGAAUAGGUUUUCUCUCUUUUUUUAAAAAAAAUUUUUUUUAGGGAAAUUUUUACAAAAGCAAUGGUCUGAUGUAAAUAACCUUUUAAAGUACAGUGCACAUAACUUCCCUAGGCUGUUCCAACCUGACUUUGUAAAUGCUUUAGAGUUUUUAAAUUAACACUUGUGUUGCUAAAUCCUAUUUAUGUAAGUCUGAAAAGGUUUUUAUCCCAUGUAAAACAUUUAAAUAAUGCAGGUUAUAAUGAGCAAGUUAGCUUUGAGAACCCCUCCUUUUAGUAUAUGAAAAAGCCUAAUGCGCAUUAAUAAGGUUGGAGAGACUAUGAGAAAUAUGUAUAGUGUAUAUUUUAAACAGCUUUGCUUGUAUUGUGAAGAUUUAAGAACAAACUUGAGAUUUUUAAAGUUAACUAUUAACACAGUUUUAACGUAAGUUAUCCCACUGGGUUUAAAAGCAUCUUGAAUGUAUAACCCUUCUAUAACCCAGGUUGGUUUCUGCUUUUACCGAAUCAUCUAAACGUUAUUUAUAUUUUUAGUUUUAUCUACUCAUUUCUUUUCAUUUUCCUCAAACAGCAUGGUUUUUUUGCACAUGUAGAAAUUUUUAAAAAGAAGGAAAUUAAUACAUGAUUUUUUUCUGAAUUUUCUUCACUUCAGUCUUUCUACUAACCUCUUAAAGGCCAUGGCAUUCCAUUUGCUUUAUUUGUGCAAAUGCCAGGGUUGGUUUUUAUUUUAUUUUUGCUAUUUACCUUUAAAAAAAAAAAGACAAUGCUUCAAUCAAUUGCUUUUUUUUAUUUAAAAUUUAAAAAAAGAAAGAAAAAAAAGCUGUAACCUUAUCAUUUCUGAGUAGACCAUUGAGAGAGAAGUGCACACCUGUCGUCCCAGGACCAGCUUUGGUGACUAAAGGGAAUAUUUUAACUAAGCGAGAUGUUCUGUACAAAAUGUGGAAUGUGCUAUCCACAGUCUAUUUCAGUUAUUCCCACAAGUCAGGUCCUGAUAAAUGAGGGUUAUCAGCUAACUGAUAAGAUAUCAUUGAGGUUCGUCAAUGAAUUUGUACAUUUCUAGUUCCCUUUGGUGAAGGGGAAAGUGAUUUUGCAAGACCUAGAUUUUGGCUUGGUUUCUUGCCUCCUUUUUUGGCAGCCUUCAUCUUUUCCUAAAGCCCUUGAGCCUGUAGGGUUUUCAUAGUGGACAAAGGACUUAUGGUUGUUUAAAACUGGGAUAGAUUUUGGGGGAAGAGAUUAUCAUAUUGAACAUACAGUAUCCUAACACUUUUAACAGUGGAUAAUUUUGAGUAAGCCCAGUCCUUUCCAAUUUUAGACUAAACAGAUGCCCACAGUGGAGGCUUACAAGGGUUGCGAUGAGGAAGAAGCCUCUCCCUCUCUGUCCACACCAGCUGGUAAAGGUGACCGCAGGUGUGCAUUUCCUUUUGGUAGAAAUGGUCCACAGCACUAACUGGUAAGGCUAUUGUACAGUAUACUGUCAGUAUUCUCUGGUUCAGCAUACCUUAUAGUUCGUAUAUAACCUGUAUUAAUUGUAUAGAUUGUGCAUUUAAAGCUGUUACCAAGUUGUCAGAACCUUAAGAACGAAAACAGGUCAUAUGUAAUAUUUUGUUUGUAAGUAUCCUUUGUAUCAUAGCAAAGGAAAUGUUUAAAAGAUCAACUGUAAUAAAAGUAAUUUUAGUA